CCUUCGGACUGAAGCAGCCACUCACACAAGUGGCGUGACAGACUGAGACACACACAGGGAGGGAGACACACACGGUGUGUGUCUGUGUGUGUCUAUGCGUGUGUGAAAAAAAAUAACAGAAAAAGAUAGAAGGGGUGAGACAGACAGACAGACAGACAGACAGACAGACAGACACAGAGUAAGAAAGGACAAGAGACAAGAGAGUAAGCCACAGCCACGGCCACCGGGGAUCGCCUCCAGUGUUUCACCGUCUGCGGUGGUGAAAGGCAGGCGGCAGGCAUGGCGUCGGAGGCGAGUGCCCAGACCAGGGUGAUGUCGGAGGCCAGUGCCCAGAGCAGGGUGAUGUUCCAGGCCAAAGACGAAGAGCCAGCCUCCCGCAAGCUGGGCAAGCUGACCGUCAAGUACAACCGCAAGGACCUGCAGCGCAGACUGGACAUCGAGGAGUGGAUAGACGGCCAGCUGCACCUGCUGUUUGACUGCGAGGAAGAAGAGAUGCCUGAGCUGGAAAUUGAUAUUGACGAGCUUUUAGAGCUUUCGGAUACAGAGCAGAGAUCACGGCUACAAGAGUUACUACAUGAAUGUGGGAAGCCAAAAGAGGACUUUAUCAACGGCCUGCUUUACCGGAUGAAGGGCCUUCGCAAGAUGUCAGGACCCUUGAAGAAAUGAGGAUUAGGUCAAUAUCCAGACGUGAACACCCUUGCCCUUAGAAAAUUCCCACCCUCUCGUCAUCAUCAAACACAUAGCCUACCGUACAGACAACCCAAGCAAUCGGUCUGGGAAUCCUGCACAAUGAAACAUAAAAUCCAAACACGAACUUGCCGGUAUUGCCUCCCUGUGAUGGUCAAUGAUGGUUUCUCCAAACAAAAGAUCCCAGUACUGAUAUUUAUUGACGUAUUUAACAUUAUGACACCGCCUCUGGCACACAUGCUGUAAGUAUCCUUGGAAAUGAGAAACAUGUAUUACUUUGAAUGUAUAAUUUUUCUGUGACUUGUGAAUGACUGCAUUUUUUUCGUUGCCUAUUUUUGACCAGUGUUGUAGGAAAUUAAAAAAAUGAAAUGUUUUCAGGAA